UGUACAUACUGCAUAAUUAUCCAUAGCUACACGUCUGUACUGCUGUAGCCUACUUUGUAGACCGAGAAAGGGUCUCGACAAACCAUUGCUUUGUUCUACCUGAAAUCUUCCACCGUCCUUUCAUUUCAGGUACAGACCCGACUGUGACUGUGAAUGCUUCAAGCAAGUAAAGAUUAGAACGACACAUGUUAGGAGUUACCUUCUACAUCUAUAUGUAGCUGGUUAUCUGUCGAAUUGUCGAUUUUCUUGCUUUCCCUCACAUUGCAAAGGCAUGUAGAGGAAAAUGAAAGGAUGGAUUCCCUUCCAUGGGAUGUAUUUUUCAAGCAGUUGACGAAGUUUUUAGGCCAGCAUGCAGAGAUGGAAAGUGGGAUGUGAAGCGUAUGAAGAAGCAAAAAAGGAAAGGCUUUCUGAGGAUCCAGAAGCCGAGGAAAUCCUGACAACUGAUUUUGGAUUGCCGUUUCUCCACGUGCCUGAGCUGAGCAGUGACCAGCAUCUCUCCAACACCAAUUAUGGCCGAAUAGUGGAGAUAUGUGGCGAUGAGGGAACUGGCAAGACAGAAUGUUUAUUGCAUUGCGUCGUGCAGUGUAUCAUGCCUCAGACCUGGAAAGGAAGACGUCUUUCUGGUCUUGGGAAAUCUGCAGUGUGGAUUGACAAUGACUAUAGGUUCAGCAUACUGCGCCUGGCCUCACUGCUAGAGCAUAGACUACAAUCAGCUCCGCUAGAUCCCCAUGCCGCAUCUGUCAGUACGGAAGGUGAUAUUGAAAGCAUCCCGCUCCAAUGCUCUACGUCUGCUCCAUACGGACGCGAUAGUGCUGCUACCCUGUCGGUGGCAGAGCAUGCAAGCCGCUGGGGUGAACAAGCCACUUGCAGUGAUGUUGAUAAUGCCACAGAGGCUGCGUGUAAACCUAGCGUUGCUGGGCCUUCCGUGGCUGUCGCAACCUCAAGCUGUGCCCCACCCAAUUUUCCCAGCCAAGCUUCUCCUGUAAAAGUACUUCCAGGUAAAGAUGAUGAAUGGUCAGAUGUUGAUGAUGUCAAGCUCCCUUCGAGCACAGAUGAUUCAUCUGCUGAAGAUGUUGAUGAUAUGGAAAAGCCGAAGCCACUUUCAUUUCAGCCGAAGCAAGGAUACCACCAGUCAUUGAUAGGAGGUCUCAAGGUGUUUGAUGCAUCUAUACGUGCACCCCAUAACACAUCUAAAUUGUCACAGUGCAACCUAGAUGUUCCGGAUGCAACAGACGCUAACAAGUCCAUGAAACAAACUCCGAAAAAGAACAAGAGGGCAAGAUCAAGUUGUCCGGCAUCCUCAUCUGACAGCUCGGGUGUGGAAACAACUCGUGAACCAGUGAACCGGGCUAAGCGGAAACGCAACAAGAAACACCUGAGCGCUAAUGCGUCGCCAAAGCGAAUCACCACCGUCCCUGAGACAUCGCUCGAUGACAGCUGCAGCCACGACAGCAACACUGAACAAGAAAAUUCUCAGCCCAAACCUACAAAGUCCUCGCCUCUUUUCUGUGAAACCACUUCUGUUGGUGAUGAUUCAACAUGCCACACAAAGUCUAUGGCUAUCUGCCCAGCUCACACAAGUGUGGCUAACAAGACCUUUGGCAGUGUGCACAUCUCAGCGGAAGCCGCCACAGCCAGCCAUUUAAUUCAUCAUCGAACUACUGCAGCUGUCCAGAAACGUGACAUCACCAUGAUACCAGAAACAUCUCCGGAUAAUGAUAGCAGUACUGGUGACGGAAGCGCUUGCACAAAACGUCGAAAAAGCAAAACCGCCACACAAGCUAGCAUGGAGAGGGCUGCUCCCACUGUAGAUGUUAGCAGGUCAUCUAAUCCAGUGGCCAACCAGCCAUUUUCCAACCAGUGCAGUCAGGCCGACAUUCCUGACUCUAUGAUGCAGCUUUCACACACACUUGAUCGUAUCCAACCUGUAUCUUCGCCGGUGUCCAGCCAUGCAGCACACUGCAGAAGUCGAAGCAUCGUUGAAAGCCACAGCACGGCUGCUAUACCACAAGCAUCUCUUGGUGAUGAUAGUAGUCACAAUGAAAAACACUCUCCACUGCGGAGGAGGACAGCCUCUGCUGCGAUGGUACUGGAAACAGGCGCUCCUGACUCGCGGGUUCCGCUGUCGUCGAACGGCAACAUGGUAUGUUCAGGUUCUAUGCUUGGUGCAGCUGCCAAGGCGUGUUCCUCAGUGCAACCUGGAGGGCAUGCGAUGAGUGAAAAUGGUAUUGUAGCCGAUGUGCGUGAAGUCUCUCCAGUUAGCAUUGAAGGUGCGGAACAUUCAUCACUACACAAUGGAGCCGUUGCAGUUGUUAAAUCACCAACAAAUGAUGUGACGACUCGGCACCUUCCCAACAUGCGGUACAGUGUUCCCGAUUCACAUAUUGAGGAACUUGAAUCCUCCGUUUUCACGUUGGAUGGCAUCAGUCUUGAUUUGAACAGCCUGCCAUUGCCGCCUGAUCUGGAGGCGCAGUACCAGCAAGAAGUACUGGAGUGUUACCUGGACUGGGAGUGUGAUUUCAAGACUCUGCUUCAAGGAGACUUGAUUGAUGUCAGUACGGCCUUCGCUGGCUCACUUCAAAUACCUAAACCAGCUUUGCUGCACAUUUUCCUUGAGACUAGCAGAACGUUCCGGACGCUCUUGAGGAAGGAUUUGGCAGUCUCGUGUCUGCAGCAGAAUUCUGGAGACUCUGCAUAUUUAGUCCAAACCGAGCACGCGAGUGUAUCAAAUGAAAAGAUUCCAAUGGAGAAUCGAUCGCUCCACUCGGCUGAUGCAAGUGCUGCUCCUGUGCUGCAUGACCAAUCGUCGUCCAUCACUGCACCAGCACCAGCCCUGCCAGUAUUGAUGAGGGCUGCAGGAAGUGGCCCUGUGCUACAACUCAGUGAGCCAACUAUCACCGCUAGAAGUCAAAUUCCCCGGGUUCAGUUGUCACAUCGGAAUGGUGAACGUCAGCGCACUUACAAUGCUGGUCAUGUCGGUGCUGAUCCUCAGUCUAAAGAAGGUGUCGUAGCUGCAUUCAUGUCGUCCUUACUUGAGGACAGCACUGGCGCAAUGUCUGGGGGAAUAACACCUUCAAACCACUCCGACUGUACUAGUUCAUGGUACAAUGUUGCUGGCGAUCAUGUGUAUUCUGUCACAUCUGUGCUGUUCACAGUCGACGAUCUCAGUUUGGAUGCAGAUCAUCUACCAUUGCCACUUGAGCUGGAGAGUUCUUACCAGAAAGCAGUGCUGGAAGGUUACUUUGCCUGGGAGCGUGAAUUGAAGGCUUUUCUUCGCAAGGACAUCACGGAUCUGAGCCGUGGUUUCACCGGGCCAUUUGAAGUCCCUAAGCACUCCAUACUAAAGAUCUUUCUGGACAAUAGUGUAACAUCACGAAAAGCGCUGCGCCAGGGUUUAGCAGCAUCUGCACUAUGCCAUGAUCGGAGCGACGCUACACUGGGAGUCCUUGUGGCGGAUGCUGCCGAGGAUGAUAACCUACAAGCUAGAGCAAUCCGUGUGGACUUUGCAGGUGAGGAUAUAGCCCAGAAACUUCAAUCAGCCUGUGUGAGUGGUGAUGCAAGUCUGCCCAACGCACCCAACGCAGCACACAGUGAGGGUGAUACAGCUCGCAAUCCAGUUGCACGGACUCAAUUCAUGUAUAAUACCAGUGCAGAUAGGCAUGUCACUGGCACCCACAGAACCUCUGCGUUCGCUCCUACCAAGACUACUGCUGCACCAGCUGCAACAUCACCGGCAAUGCUUCCCAUGGCAUGUAGUGAGUUUGGGUCUGCCAGCAACAUGAGUGAUGGUCUUGCUUCUGUAAGAUCAACCAUAGGUGCCACAUCGGCCACCGAAAGAAGAAGGCGGCAUAUCCAAUGUCGAAAGCAUGAUGCCACUGUUACUGCUACUCUUUCAGAUAGUUGCGGAGACGAUGGUGAUACUGCAAGACACGAGGGAGCCAAGGGUCCAGAUGCAGCGGAGGCCUUGAGCGGUAUUGAUAACUCGAACGAAAUGUUUGAAUUCAGUGAUCCAGCGCGUCCCAGUGCGUCUCUCUCGGGAGUAAACACUGGUUAUGAGAUGGAUCUGUCGCUUGAGGAGCGCGAAGAGUUUGUGAUAUCUUGCCUGGCUCGUCUUUACGUCUACCACUGCCGCUCCAACCUUCAGCUGAUAGCUACUCUAGAAGACACUGUCAGGCGUCUGCUGGUCAAUGCUUUGCAAGUGAAACUCUUGCUCAUAGACAAUGUGGCCGCUUACUACUAUCACGAUAAGAAAAGCAAGGACUACUCAGAAAUAAACCGAGAUCACCGUGCUAUUUCGAAAGUGACCAGUGAAUUGGCAGACAGCCAUUCUUUGGUAGUCUUGGUUUCGAAAUCUCUACAUCUAUCCAACCACUUCUUCAGCGCUGAUGAGCGCUCACGGCGAAAGAACAAAGCCAGGACAACGUUCAAUGGCGAUCAAGUGGGUGAAUUCAUGUCUUUUUCUUGGAGGAAUAUUGUGCAUCAGCGAAUACUAGUUGAGCGCAUCAGCCCACCUGCAACAUUGCAGGACACUACCUUCGACCUUCCCGAAGCUGAAGACAAUCCUCUGACGUAUAUACGUGCUCGCCAUUUGAAUGGCAGGAUCAUCAAGAGUCCGGCGUAUGUCUUCAGAAUUUGCCAUGCUGGCAUAUUGUACUGGUGAUCUGAUCCUAGCCAUGCGUAAAGAUGCUGGUCAUCCUGUCAAGCUCACUCUCUUUCAGACUGCUGUUUUCUUGAGCUAGAUUGUCGCUUAGUGCUGGUGUGUGUAUGUGUGGGUGUGUGUGUAUGUGUGUAUGUCUGUGUGGGUGUGUUUGUACUUGAUUUUCUUAGGUCUUCUUUUUCAUUUGACUAGGUUAGGCAUGUCAGAAGCUAGGACUUAGUGCUCUUUUCUUUCGGCAUGUGCAGUAUGUUUCGUUUCCACUAUGCAGGCUAUAGUGUAGGUGGUGGGUCUUGCCUUGUAAGACUAUUAUAGUCUCUACUGGUACCCAUAGUUCUUUUUCUUAGGCUUAGACCAAGUCUAGAGUGCCAGUUCCACUCUGGCUUUGCUAUCGUGCUCUUUAUUGUGCUGCCGUCUUUUUCAAAUUCCUUUUAAAACACUUGAGUGAGGUUACAAACUUAUGAUCCAUGUUUCUACCACUCCCUUCAAAACCUUCACUCAUGUACAUUCUUUGUCACACUCAAUCAGGUUUUAUUUAAUUCUCCAUGGCAUAGGUCUCAUCGCAGCACCAAGGCUGCACGGACCUUGUUUUUAUUAAUCUUCUCUUUUUUAAAGUGAGGUCAGCAACAAUAAUAGGUUGUGUUUACAGGUUGCUUCGUGAGUACGGCAAGUCCUUUGGUUUGUCUGA